AUGGCGCUCUCUAUUACACCAGUCACUAUUCUCAUAAGUCUGGCUCUUGCAUUCCUUGCCUGCAUAGUGUUUCUUGUGGUAUACAAAGCCUUUACUUAUGACCACAGUUGCCCAGAUGGAUUUGUUUAUAAGCACAAGCGGUGCAUCCCGGCCUCACUGGAUGCAUACUACUCUGCACAGGAUUCCAACUCCCGGGGCAGGUUCUACACUGUCAUCAGCCACUACAGCAUGGCCAAGCAGACCAGCUCCCGGGCCGUAUCGCCCUGGCUGUCUUCGGGAUCGGUAAACCACGAAGCCAAGGCUGCCAAGACAGAAGGUCAUUAAAGUUAACAAGUGGUGAUGGGCAAAGCGGGAGGGUGGGGGGACAACACCAUGUCUAUACUGCAUUGCUCUAGCUGAGGGUGCUGUGCUAACAGCACAACAGGAAUAAAUAAAACCCAAGUGCAGGAGUCAUCUUAAUGGAUAUUUCUUUUCGUGCAUUGUUCUCGUUGAUUUGUAACCGAGUCGAGCUCUUGUACAAAGGCAUGUUUGAUGUUGACUGUACCUUAUGAUGUAAAAAUAUUUUUAAAUCAUUGCUUAACUAUUUGUUAGAAAAAAGAAAUUAAAAAACAAAAAAAGCAAAUUAGAUAAAGAGCCAGAGAGGAUAAAAGCAGCAAAGAGAAUAACGCAAAGUUUUGUCAUUGCUGGAAAGCUGUGACAAGGUUUAGCAUGCAUUGAAGGAACAGCUGGAAUCCUUUUAAGAGAGAGGGUAGAGAGAAUCUGUUACAAAGACAUUGUGAUAUUGUUUAGCUUGCCAAAGGGGGGAUAUGUUGCUGUCAAAUCGAAUCUAUCAUCAGUGUUCAUUUGCUGAUAGAGAAAUACAGGUAUCCCCUC